AUGGACAACAGUAAGGGUGUAACCGGUAUUGGAUUUGACAGGGCAACUGGGUUGUUCACCGCGUCAGAGGAGUGGUGGGAAAAUUUGAAAUCGUUAUGUAAUAUGUUGAAUAUACUUACAAACAAGCUAGCUUACAAAUUCAAGUCCAAGCCAUUGGAGCAUGAAGAUUUGAUGCGGGAAGUUUUCACAGGUACAACCGCAACUGGGAAACAUUAUUGGACCCCCGGCAAGCAAGUUGCGGACAUUGCGGACAGUGAAUCCGAUUCAGUUGACUCCCCUGGGUUGGAACCAUUUACUGAGCCAUAUCAACCGGUGGUGGACUCACCACCACCCUCCCCCAUCGUCCAGGUAGAUGAAGCGGAGCAGGGGUCAAAGUGCAAGAAGGGGGGUAGUACAAGUGGAAAGUCGAAGAAGCCGUCCAGCGGUGCAUCAAUGCUUGUAGACAGUUUCAACCAUCUCUCUGAGGCGGUUCGUUCACAAAAGUGCCUUACGGUCAGGCAUGGAACUAGUGCAUCUCAGAAGUAUGGCAUUGAGAUAUGCAUGCAAAGGAUUAUGGCUAUACCCGACUUCCUCAAUAUGCCUCAUUUCCACUUUGCCUGCAUUGCAUUGGAGAAUGCAGAUUACCGUGAGAUACUAAUGUGCAUGCCUGAUGAUGGGUUCAAGAAUUUUGAUAUGUGGAACGGUGAAUAUAGCAAUCUGUAUCGAAAUAAUGAUGAUGACAUAAUCGAACAAGCAGAACGACAGGAGGACCAACAGAACGAUAAUUGUAUACGUGCGUUGGAUGGAACUCACGUAGAAGCCGUGUUUCCUGCCCGCGAUGUAGGUAAAUAUUACCUUGUGGAUGCGGGAUAUCCAAACCAGAAGGGGUACCUGGCACCAUUCAAAGGGUCUCGGUAUCACCAAGCACUAUUUCGAGAACAUGGACGACCUGAUAACCCAAGAGAAAUGUUUAACGAAGCACAUGCGUCAUUGAGGAGUGUGGUGGAAAGGACUUUUGGAGUGUGGAAAUCUCGGUGGAAGUUCUUGCACAAUAUGCCGGACUAUGAUUUUGCGGCGGUGCAAGUGCCAUUGGUUGGUGCAUCAAUGGUGUUACACAAUUUUAUUCGUAGACAUGGGCUAGCUGCCUUGGGCAACGACAAACAUUAUUGUGUUUUAUUAGUGUCGAAUGACAUGCCCGACGUUCACGACGGCAGAGAAAAUCUCUAUGAUGGGCUCAUGUUUGGGGAUACAGAUGUGGAUAUGGCAAGAGUUCACAUUUGCAUCCGCGACCAUUUGUUUUAUAUACGCCGUUUGGGACUAUUGUGA